AUGCGUUGUGUAUGUUGCGGAAAAUUUUCUGCGCACAAUUAUGUAAGAUUAUUUGGCGAAACUGCAAUAAAGGAAAACAUUAAGGAGGCGAUAGAAAAAUACGGUGGAAUCACAGUUAGUCAGGACGUUGUUGCUAAAUCCUCUGCUUGUGUGUGCAAGUCAUGCUUUAUUCUUGCGAAGGGAAUAAAUGACAGAGUCAAAAAACUGUCGCUAUUAUGCCGGGCUGCCGGAAAAUCCUCUAAUCAAAUCACUGAUGCAACUGCUGGUAAACGUACGUAUCAGCAACAAAAAAGCCCAUCAGAUAAAACAUUUUCACCAUCUGUGUUCCUCAAUAGACCAAAACGUAUAGCUAUUAGACCGUCAAUUUCAGCUGCACGCAAUCCUGUCGAUGCAGAAACAUCAGAAUGUCGCGGAUCCUUGUUGGAUAGAUUCACAGCUACUGCCGCCACAGAUACAUCGGCAUCUGCAUCAGCACGUAAAAAAGAAACUCGAAGCCAUGAAAUCCUUCGAAACGCAGGAUUACGUAGCGCCAAGCCCAAGGUAAAAUAA